AUGGGCCAAAUACCGAACUGGACCUCAAACCCCAGCAGGAACCUGAAUUCUACCGCUACGGCCCCCAUUUCCCCGCCUCUGCCCUCGCCCUCCUGGGAGCUGUUGCCGCCUGACCCGGGAUCUCUACCUUGCUCCUCGUGACCCGGAAGUGACCCUGCCGGCGGCAACAUGGAAGGUGGUCAUGUGCUGUACAGCGGCUGGCUGAGGAAGUCGCCCCCCGAGGAGAAGUUGAGGCGUUUUGCCUGGAGGAAAUGCUGGUUUAUCCUGCGGAGGGGCCAGACUAGCAGUGACCCAGAUGUUCUGGAAUACUACAAGAAUGAUGGCUCCAAGAAGCCCCUGCGCACCAUCAACCUGAACCUCUGUGAGCAGCUGGAUGUUGGUGUGACUCUGAACUUCAACAGGAAGGAGCUUCAGAAGGGCUAUAUGUUUGACAUCAAGACCAGAGAGCGUACCUUCUACCUGGUGGCUGAGACCAGGGAGGACAUGAACAAGUGGGCCUGGAGCAUCUGUCAGAUCUGCGGCUUCAGGCAGGUUGAAGAAAGCACAGGCUCCCUGGGAAACAUUUCCACAGCCAGUCAUGGCCCCCGUUCUUCUCCAGCUGAGAUCAGUCGCUCCCACCAGCACCUCCCCCAAGAACGAGAACCCACGUCUGAGCCCUCUGUGUCUCACCGUGUGCCGCCCACCUGGCCCAUCCCUUCACCUCGGGGGUGUCUCUGCUUGCACCAGCAGGCCAGCCAGAGAGCAGGACAUGCAAGGAGUGCCAGCUUCUCCCAGGGCUCUGGGGCCUCAUUCCUCAUGAGAAGACACACAGCCUUGCAAAAUCUUGCACAGCUUAGUGGAUACAGUGUCGAUGGGGUCAGCGGUCACAUCCAUGGCUUCCAUAGCCUUUCCAAGCUGAGCCAGCACAAUACAGAAUUCAGAGGCAGCCCCUGCAGAGCCCCCUGGAGCCUGGCUUCCCAUGACCACACCAGAGGCAGCCUCACAGGAUCUGAGGCAGAUAAUGCAGCUUCCUUCCACGAGGACCCCCAGUGUGGUGGAGGGAGUGCAGGCCCGCCUGUCGAGUCCAUGCAUGAGGGAGUCAGUUCUUUCCUGCCAGGGAAAACACUUGUGGGCCUGUCGCACAACAUUGCUUCUGGGGACAGCUGUGUGCCCAUGAGCCCAGGCUCCCCGGACCUGCAGGCUGUGGAGCGAGCAGGCGAUGAUUCCCAGAGCACCUGCAUCCCCGUGGGCCCAAGACCCGUUUGCUUUGACCUGCGCGGCUCCCCACUCACAGAGCUUUCUGUGCACCGAGACCCCAGCGAGGGACAUGAGGUCCAGCCGCCCCCUGUCAACCGCAGCCUCAAGCCUAACCAGAAAGCAAACCCAACACCGCCCAACCGGAGAAACAACAGGGUCAUCAAUGAGCUCUCCUUCAAGUCACCUGUCACAGAGCCCUGGUCUAGGGCCAGCCACACCUUUGACUCCAGCUCCUCCCAACACCCCAUCUCCACGCAGGGCAUCACCAGCGCAGACUCAGGAGACAGCGGAGAGAGAUACGUUUUCCUGAACCCGGGGUCUGCAUUUCCUGUUCUCGGUGGCACCAGCAGUUCAGCCCUGGCGAGGAGCACUGGUAGCAUCCACCAUGUGGCUGUGGACUUCCAGCCAAGCAAGUUAUCCAUAAGCUCUGUCGCAUCCGGCAAGAAGGCGGAAUAUGUCCAGGUGGAUCUGGAGAAGACCCAGGCCCUGCAGAAGACCAUGCAUGAGCAGAUGUGCCUGCGGCAGUCCUUGGAGCCGCCCAGGGGCACCAAGCUGUGACUCGGGACACCGAAACCAGAGAGGGGCCAGGGCAGUGCUAGUCCUCCACACUCUAAAGCUCUCUGAUGUCAGGGACCCCAUCCCUUACCGAGAGCGGAGGCCUGAUCAAGGUACAUUUUCUGCCUGGUUGGGACCCACCUGUGCCUUUGGCUGGCCAUGGGCUCCACCUUUACUCCCUUGCUAGGACCAGUUCCCAGCAAGCACCCUCCGUCUCUUCCUGCCCCUCAGACCCGGGCUACCAACAGGUUCCACACUCACACACGCUCCCAGUUCUCAGCCUCUUCCUUCCAGCCUUUGGGCUGUUCCCCCCAAUGCUGGAACAUGAGGAGCCACCAUGCUGGUCCUGGGAGCCAAGGUCCGCAGGCCACAGUGGACAUGGACCUUUUCAGCCCUGGCAUUUUUUGGUCAGGGGAGAGGCAAGGCCAUCAAACAUUGGAAAACUUGAGAAGGAAAGUGAAAGGUGGUCUUGAGAAGCAAAGGAGUUAGGUCCUUAGACCCAGAAGGGCAGCUGAAGCCUGCAGGGGCUCCCACUUCAGGCUGAGGCCAGAGUACAGCGGCUGCUCCGGUCUGGAAGAGGCAGAGAGGGAAGGGCAGAAGGAAGGGAGAGCAGGAGGAUGGGCAGCCGAAAGCCACAAGGAGCAGGACGGGAGCUCCAGAGACUGGGGUGACAAGGACCGGGGUCAGGGUCCCAGAAAUCUGGUGAUGCCCCUUGGAGGGCCCUUUGCCUGCUUAAGAAGGCUUGGUUGGAGCUGGGCAAAGCAGCAACUGAUGGGGGGAUACCUGCAGGGUGAGGCGUGGGAUGUGAGAGGGAGGGAGGGAAAGAACGUGCAGAUAGCGGUGGCACAGGGCUGAGGGGGUCCUGGGACAGGGGCCCAACGCAGGGCCCAGGACUCUGCAGUGCAGGUGGUGCAGCAUGUGACUUUGUGAAGGGGCAGAGUAGUGGGGAGGGCACAGAGGGAACCCAUGGAAGGCAGGGCCAGGGAGUCGGCCAGGAGAAGUAGGGAAAUGUGGCCGGGAUCUGGGGGAGUGCCAGAAGUGAUGAAUGGGAUACAGGAGCAGAAAGUGAAGGGGUCCGCUGUGCACGGGAGCAGUGUGAGGCCCCCUGGAGGGCGUGGGACGCGGGUGGAGCCCGCAGGGAGGAUGACCUGGGGUGGGGCUGGGGUUGUGCCAGGCCCAGUGUUUCCUUCACUUUGCCCUCUUCCCUGGCAUUCCAGUGCCACACUGGACUCAUUGGCUCUGCGGCCAGAAGCCAGUCUCCUCCUCCUGUGACUUGAGAGAGCCUCAGAUCCCAGGCUCAGAAGGUAGGGCCCCACCCAGGGCUUUGUGUGCUAAGGUUCAGGUAUGGGUCGGAAUUUUUUAUAUUGAAGGUUUUUGACCAAAAUUUCUAAGAGUUUCAGAGUGAACAGGGCAGUCCAGACCCUUCUACCCUGGGGUGAAUAGACUUUCCUCCUCCAAAAACGUGACUGCCCACAGGGUUUGAUGGAGGCGGCCUCCACAUCCUGUCAGCGCCUGUGAGCACCACACCUCACCAGACCAGGGGCCUGGCCGGCUUCUGGGAAUUCAGCCCUCAGCAGGGGUCCUCUCCUCGGUAGCUCAAAGGCUCAGGUGGCAGGGCCCCAGGCUUAGGUAGUGAGGACACAGGGAAUCUAUCAGACCUUUGCCCAAACUUGACAGGGUCACAUCAGUGAGGGAAAGGACAAGGACACAGACAGUGGUGAUGGCCAAGAUGGGCUGACUGCUGCCAAUGGUGAAGACUCCUUCUCAGGGAGUGGGGCAGGGAGAGUGGUUUUCAGGACAAGGGGUGCCUGAGUUAGGCUGGAGAGGAGGUUAGGUCAGAUUUUUACAGGGAAGGAGGGCACGGCCAGGGUACAGUGGAGGAAGGAAGGACAGACUGGAAGAGCCUUGGGCUGAGGGGACAGAGGGCCUCUGGAGUGCAGGUGCAGCUGUUCAGAACUGCAGGGGCCGGGCCUCUGUGCUCCCACAGGUGGAGUGGUAAUGGCUGCAUGGCCACACUGGGCAGGGUGUGUAGGGUGGUGGCUUACUGGCCCAUCCCUGACUGUGUCCCCGUAAGUCCCUCCAGGUGGUCUCACACAGCGAAGCUCUUAAUGGCAUCCCCUGUCCUUAGCUGACUACAGUGGGGCCUGGUAUUGAUCUCAACUCCCAGCCCAGUCCCCUUCCCUGUUGACUGCAGGCUGCUGGGAAAAUCCUGUGUGUUCUGAGUGUGCGUCGUGUACAUGAACCUGGUGGAGGCUUCAGAGACAGGCGUUCAAGUCCCAUCUCCAGAAAGGUUCCUUCCUGCUCUGGGUUCCUGUCACCACCAAA